AUGACACACAUACAGAGUGUAUGCAUUGACGUGGACCAGCUGGCCGUGAGCUUGAAUCUGCCGGACCAAGUUCCAGCAUUCCUGCAGCAAAUCUCCUGCCAUAGAAAGGACUACAUCACCCAGAGCCUCCGAUCCCGUAUAGAGUUGCUCGAGUCCACCAGUUACGCGGCGAUCGAAAAUGCCGUCGCUUUGAAGCUCUCCCCUGUUCUCGCCAAGAAUGACAGUCCCAAUUCGGUUAAAGAGCUCGCAGAGGCUACGACAAAACUAUCCUUGCUCGGCCGCUUGAUGAAACAUCUGGCUGAAAUGGGUGUCAUUACUGAAACAGGCCCGGUCCAGUAUCACGCGAAUGGACUCUCGACGGUUUUAGCCGUGGAGCGGUUCAGUGGCGCAUUCUCUCCCAUGACACGUCGGUGUACUAAAGGCAUCAUGGCUCUUCCAUUUUUGAAGAAAAAUAACCACUUCUAUCCUAGGCAACAGAGACUAAUUCAGAAAGCGGGAAUUGAAAAAGAGGAUGCCCUGCUGGUAGAUACGGACGGAAGAUUCAGACACGACCUAGCCGAUUUCCGCCACAAAUGGCUCGUUGUUACCGGGCGAUUGGUGCUGCAGGACCUGUAUGAAGUUGUCUGCUCUGCCAAGGGUCUGGAUCUGUCGAUUGAAGUCAUGGCGCACAAUUUCUUCCAGCCACAACCGAUCAACGCCUACUAUAUGCACUCGACUCUUUACGACUGGCUGGACAAUCUUUGCCACAAGGUCCUGGACAAUGUGGUGUCGGCCAUGGAGCCGGGGUACAGCAAAAGGUUGUUGAAGGAGAAUGUGAUGCAGGAGACUGGCGCCUAUUGGGAGACUACCAAAUUGGAUUUGAGUCAGUGGUAUGGCCUGAUAGAGUCACUUGGCUUGAGAAUUGUUAAAAUCUGGACGGCGAAACCAGGCGUCGGGAGUGUGUUUGAGUGA